UUACAGUUUAAAUAAAAAAGUAUACUUUGAAUAUACUAAGUAAACUUAAAAUCCUGGUAUAUUAUCAAAUGACAGAGUAUACAGAGUAGAGCAUAAAAAUUUAGAGAAGAGAAUAAAAAAAGCGAUGAUACAGGAUAUGAGUGGAAGAAAAAUGGUGAGACAUGUAUGUGGGAGUAGUGUUGUCGGUCGCUGGGAUUUCGAGGGUGAAGAUUCGACCAGCCUCCUUCAUCAUAAAGCGGACUAAGUGGGGAAAGAACAACAUAGGGUAGUUUGUUAGCUGGACUACGAACACGUGCCGCCUGUCAUACCUUUGGUAAGAUCUUCUCUCUAGUACCCGACAGAGAAUUAGUAAUAGAUUAGCUGGUGACGCGAUAUCACUAACCAGAUCAACAUAUUGAGUUUUAUAAACAUGAGUUGUGAUAAAUACUAGAAUUUAAUUAUUUACAGUUGACAUUAAACAGCUUCUUGAACAGAUAAAAAAUGAAAGAAGAUCUUGACAUGUCGAGCCAGUCCUCGGAAUAUCCGGGGUACUGUGAUUCAAGUGAUGAAAGUGUAAUUACUGACCAGAGAAGUGAUCCACGCGCUGUUUCUUCGCCGAUAUCCAGUGCUUUUUCUAUAGACAGCAUACUUGGGAAGAAAGAUCUCCGGAAAAGUGAAUCCGCAGUUGAAUUUAAUGACAAAAGUGAUAAAAGUUACCAGGAAUUUAAGGAACAAGCUCAUGUUAUACGACCGCUAGCAAUAUCUUCUAAUCCUGCGAAUUAUUUUUAUGAACAUGGUGCAAAUGAAAGUUAUCCAGCUUUUGAAGGAUUAGGAAAUCCUGGAUAUUCAGCUUCAUUAGCUUCAGCUUCUUUUAUCUAUACAAAUUGGUUUAGUCAAAAUAAAACAAACCCAUUAUUUGGGCUUCAAGCUCCUAAACCGAGUGGAAGAAGAUCGAGAAAACCUGGAAUAGAUCGCAAACCAAGACAAGCUUAUAGUGCCAAACAAUUGGAACGACUUGAAGCUGAAUUUAAGGUUGAUAAGUAUUUGAGCGUAAGCAAGCGAAUGGAAUUAUCAAAAACAUUGAGCCUAACAGAAGUACAAAUAAAAACAUGGUUUCAAAAUAGGCGAACAAAGUGGAAAAAACAGCUGACUUCUCGAUUAAAAAUAGCCCAAAGACAAGGUAUUUUUCCACCUGCAUAUCUUACACAUACGCAAUAUCCUCUGCUACCUUACUACGCGUCACCUUUGAUAUUCAAUUCUUCUUCAUCUGACGAGAUCAUGUCUUCCUCAAUUGUAGUCAAUCAGCCAAUCUCCGAGGAAAGGCUUUAA